ACAGCCCAGUCAGUUGGAAAACAGCGUCCUGGUAGCUUCUGGAGAGCCAGCCGACCGUUUGUGUUCUCCCGAAAUUCAACUUCCAGAAAAGAAAAUUCAGGGUUUCUGUUGGCAAAAGGAGGCCGAGUACCUUUCACCAGUUUCCUCAGUUAAAAUAUUCUCCUCAGUUAUAGUUUGUAUCACCGCCAAAAACACCUGCUUAGUGCCAGUGUUUAGCCGAGAUCAGCUAAAUUGUGGCUGCCUCAGCGCUGUAUGUGCGGUAACAACAUGUCAGCGCCUUUACCUGCCAUCGUGCCUGCUGCCCGGAAAGCCACCGCGGCGGUCAUUUUUCUGCAUGGCCUUGGUGAUACUGGGCACGGAUGGGCAGAGGCAUUUGAAGGCAUUAGAAUACCUCAUGUGAAAUACAUCUGUCCACAUGCUCCUACAAUGCCUGUUUCUCUGAACAUGAGGAUGUCCAUGCCUUCAUGGUUUGAUAUCUACGGGCUGAGUCCAGAGGCCAUUGAAGACGAGGCUGGUAUCAAGAGAGCGUCUGAAAACGUUAAAGCUAUGAUAGAUCAAGAAGUGAAGAAUGGGAUACCUUCACACAGAAUUCUCCUGGGUGGAUUUUCGCAGGGUGGAGCUUUGUCUCUGUACACGGCUCUGACAUCUCAGCAGAAGCUUGCCGGUGUGGUGGCGCUGAGCUGUUGGCUUCCCCUCCGUAAAUCCUUCCCUGAGGCGGCUGCCAACAGUGCUAACAAGGACAUGCAUCUCCUCCAGUGCCACGGGGAUUCCGAUCCCCUCGUUCCGUUUAUGUUCGGCACCCAGACGGUGGAGAAGAUGAAAAUCCUCAUCAACCCGGCCAACGUCACCUUUAAAUCGUACCACGGUCUACCUCACAGUGCCUGUCCAGAGGAAAUGAUCGACGUCAAGCGGUUCAUAGAGAAGCAGCUUCCUGCCAUCAGCGACCAGGGGAGUAUUUUUGAAUCAUACUGAAAGUAACUUGCAGGAGGGUUCCAGCCCAAUCCGGAUAGGUAUCAAAGACAAAACUCGCAUUUUCCUGAUGUUUUUCUUUUUCUCAAGAUAAAUAAAUAAAAAAAAACAACAUUAUUUUG